AUGGUGAAUUUCCAACUUACAGGACUUUGUGAUGAUGAUGAUUUGGAUGGAGGGGAGAUGUGCUCGUUCCGAACGCCCAAGAAGAGGCAGGGUAUGCUCUACAAGGCUGAGGAAUCGGCAAGCAAAAUCAGGACUGGCACAGGAACGCCGAAAACUAAACCUAGUACACCUUCACACAAGACCCCCAUAAAAGCAUUGACUCCAAGUUUACGGAUGACACCACGACGUAAUACAUCCUUCCGCAACCAAACUCCUUCCACCAAAUAUACACCAAAGAAGAGCACUGGGACUCCGAGAAGAACCCAAGGAAAGGUUGACAUUGUCGUUCCAAAGACACCAUACCAGCUGCGAGUUAGGCAAAAAAAAGCUAUCCAGGCAUAUACAAGACAGAUGGAGGACUUUGAUGAUGGAGAUAGUGAUUUCCAAGGCAGCGAUUGCAGCACCAGUGAAUCAGAAGAUUCUGAGCAAGAAUCAAAUAAAGAAGAAGAGUCAGACAAAGAAGAAGAAGAAUCAGACAGUGACUCAGGAAAGGGUAGUGAGGAUGCAAUACCCUCCUGCCGCAGAUCCCUCCGCUUUCAACCUCCACCUGCCACUACUUCAUGUAAAAAGAGAGGGAAAGAGUUUAACUAUGUGUUCACUGCCGAUGAAUACUUCCGGUCACAGUCCGACAAGUGCGUAACGUCGGACCACAACCUGAGUCGUCUCAAGAGUUCCCACACACACCUCCCCGCCCUGAGUCUCCCCACACUCUGCCCCUCUCACCAGCGUGCGCUGGCCUCACGGAGAGCAGGCGACAUGCACAUGUUCCAACGCUGGAUGUUUGCGCUCAGCCAAGGAUUCAGUAUUCUCGCUUAUGGACUCGGCUCCAAGUACAAAAUACUACAAAAGUUUCACAAAGAAAUGCUGUCUAAUAGCCAUGUUGUUGUCGUGAAUGGCUUCUUCCCGAGUAUCAACAUAAAAGAGAUAGUGGAUAUGAUAGCUCGAGACUUGCUCGGGUUGACGUAUGUGCUGCCAUCCGCACAUGCCACAGUCGACUGGAUAGAGAGCCGACGGUGGACGCCUCGUGUGUUCCUGCUUGUACACAACCUGGAUGCAGAAAUGUUGCGCUGCGACAAGACUCAACGUGUUCUGUCUCGCCUUGCCAGCCUGCAGAGGGUGCAUCUCGUUGCUUCCGUUGAUCACAUAAAUUGUCCGCUCUUGUGGGACCAGGGCAAGUUGAGUGGCUACAACUUCAUGUGGGAGGAUGUGACGACGCUGCUGCCGUACGUGGAGGAGACCAGCUAUGAGACGUCUCUGAUGGCGCAGAACAGUGGGACCUUGGCGCUCUCAUCACUGCUCAGUGUGUACCGCUCACUACCCCACAACUCGCGCGGCGUAUUCCGCAUCAUCCUGGAGAAACACCUGGACGCCAACAGCCAGAAAUACACAGGAAUGGCAUUCAGUGAGCUGUACGGCCGGUGUCGGGAGGAGAUGUUGGUGACGAGUGAUCUUGCGCUGCGUACAAUGCUCACAGAGUUCCUCGACCAUCAGAUGGUCAAGUGGCGUAGAGACGAGCACCUGUACAUCCCGACAGACCUUAGUGUACUGCGACAGUUCCACUCUCAGAUACAGGACAGCUAGCCACAGCUUUAUGGCAUGCUCUGGUAUAAUCAGAAAGCAGUCAAUUUUCUGUAGAUAACGAUCUCAGUUUGCUGGUUUUAUUUAUUUACAUGUACAGUAAUACUUUGGCAGUUUCUGCUGUUUUAAGUGUAUCCUUUAAUUUAUUUAUAGCUUAGUAGUAAUAUAACAAAUUGCGAUAAUGUGUUGGUUGUGAUGCAAAUAUUGGACAAAAAGAUGAGUGUUUGUAUUGUAUUCAGGUGAGUUUUAUAGGUACAGAAGUAAUUUUAGUGAAUUAUCUGUGUACAGAAAUUAUUUUACGAAUGAAACAAAUAGAUUAAGAUACAAACUAAAUAACUGCUUCAUUGACAGUUGGAGGCUUUU